AUGUAUAAAGAACCAGAUAGAGAACAAGAUUUAGAACAAGUUACAGAACAAGAAAUAGAAAAAAAUAUAGAACAGGAUAUAGAAAUGGAUAGAGAACCAGAGAGAGAACAAGUUACAGAACAAGAAACAGAACAGGAUAUAGAAAUGGAUAGAGAACCAAAUAGAGAACAAGAUGUAGAACAAAUUACAGAACAAGAAACAGAAAAAGGUACAGAAAAAGAUACAGAAAAAAAUACAGAACCAAAUACAGAGCUUUCGAAAAAAAUUGGACGUAAACGUAAGGCAAACCCUAAGAACUGGAUAUUUGUAAGAGCAAAAAUUUUACGAAAUCAUGGCAAAUCGUACGUGACUAAAAAAACAAAGUAA